AGCGUUUGGGUUCAGUAUGUUCAGGUUGGGCUGUUUCAGUGGUAACAUGUUAUUAGUGCAAUUUUGUUUGAAAAAGUCAGGCCGGUUGUGAGGUCUCUCUGAUCUUCCAUUGUUGCUCCCUCUAUUCUCUUCAGGUGUGAGCACACCCACAAUAAAGUCUUUGUUGUUGACCAGUUUAGUAGUAGCCACAGUAGCAUCAAUAGCGUUAGCAUAAGUCACCAGGCCACGCAUACAUCCAUUUUGUACUAUUUUCUGAGUUGCAAGAGAAAAAAAAUGCCAUCUUUAUUUGUGCUCAAAAUUUCUUAAUAGAAUAAGUGAAAAUUGAAAAAUGGAAAUCUAAACUUGUGGUUACCUGAACACUUACAACACAUCCAAAAGGGGAAGAAAUGAUGGCCAGAUCUUCGGCAGAAAAGUCCUUGUUUGAGCGUGGAUAAAAGUAGAUUGUCUGGAGAGAAAACAUUCAGUUUUGACCCAAAUUUGAUGGACAUCAUUGUUAGAGUGCAGUGAGGAGAGCAUUCACAUACUCUUACCUUUGAAUUGUAGUUCUGCUCUGUAGGGUCAUACUUGGAAUACCUCAAGGCGUCCAUGACAAUUGUCUAUAUUUACAGCUGACUAUGAAAAUCUCUGAUAUUGAACACCUGAAUAUUUGGUAUUACAGCAUGGCAACAGUGAGUGUGUUUAGAUACUACUAAUUGGUAACCAUGGAAAUUUGGGUUAGGGGCAAAUUAAAAAACAACAACAAAAACAGGCAUGUAGAUAAGAGGAAGGAAAACUCUCAGCUCCCAGUCCUCUUCUACGUUAUCCCAUCUUUCUAAACUAUGUGUCAUGACAAUAGUAGCCUAUUAAUGGAGGACUUAAAUGUAAAUGUCACCUCUCAAUAAUAACCAUAAUAAUUAAUUAAUAAUUAAUAAUUAAAUAAUUUUGUGAUUUAAAUUGUGUUUUUCUGACCUCUGUAAUGAUUCUUUUAAUGUCUUGUGUUGAGCACUUUGAAUUUCCAUGUUGCAGAAAUGUGCGAUAUAAAUAAAUUUGGCUUGCCUCUUAUCAGCCUGCUUUUGGGUUGAAUGAGCAUUAAACGUUAAAUUUAGAUUCAGUGUAAAGUCCAAACAUUGGAAUGUUUUUUCCUUUAAUAUUCUUUAGCAUCCGUCCCUCUUCUCUUGGCAUUUUCUUCUAAUUGAACCAGUCUUUCAACACAAAGCCAAUUCUGUGUUACAGUUUGUGACUGCUUCUUGUUUGUUUUCUUCAAUUUGGUCAAUGUCUCCUUGAUUAAGCUCAGUGUGUUUGCAUUUUUAAUAUCCCUCACUGGUGUCUACACUGUUUCCCCCUUCUUUUCUUUUAUGGUGACUGCUCAGCCAUCAACCACUAAUUCUACAUUUUGUGCUCUCUUAAUAAAUUUGAGCUGAUUUGAAUCGUACGUCACUGAAGGGGCAGCAUAAUAGAUAAUUUGGCCACCUUUGAAAAUGUAUCACAACAAUGGUACUGUUAGAAUUCAAAUACUAUUGAAUUUCCUCCAAGACCUUCGUGUCCACUACUCUGUGGGCUUGCUUAUUAAAUGAUCCAGUUAUAUUUUUACAGUGGUUUUAAUUCAGUCCUCAUUGCUGCAAAAUAUUAGCAGCUGUAUAAUCGCACAAAAAAAACAAGUUUAUCUUUAAUUGAGAGAUAGAAAUUGAGAAGAUUGGGUCAGCAGAGCAGGUGGAUAUUUUAAGGGAGAUACAGCAGGUCUGCGAAGGGCAAAGUAUGAGUCCUUGAUUGCAAGUUUAUACCCUGAAGACCUUAAAACACGUUCACCCAGCUGAGAAAGACAACACAGUUCAGGUUAGUAUCCACCACUGUUCUAAAGCGCUAUUUUAUGGGUUAUUUGUCAAUUGUUUAUAUAACCUUGAAAAAUGAGCAUGUAUACCUAAACCAUCAAAUCAAAGACAGUUACUCAAAUUUUUUUUUAUACUUUAUUUUUAUAGAAAUGCUCAAAUGUACAACAGAACAUGUUGAAGCAUUUGGUCAUGUAUACAUUCAUUCUGUUAUUGCAGUGAUGGAAAUACAUUUCAGAUGUCAUACAAUAAUGGCUCAAACAGCAGCUUGUGAGUUAACAAAAACAAUCCAUUUUCCCCAGUAUUGCAGGAAUUUAUCCACCCAGAGAUUUAGCGUGAAGGUCAUUCUCUCUAUAGUUUGUAUAGUAUUCACAAUAUCUAUCCAAUGAGUCACUGCUGGGGGAAACUGCCUGCAGCCACUUUCAUCUUAUAGCUUCCUUGCUGGGCCCUGGUAGUACUUUAACAGAUACCUGUCUUGCACAAACAGAUGAGCUGUGAUAUUUCCCAGAUAGAUUGCAGGAAAGUAGCAGUCAAUUCCAACACCAAACACCUUCUUUAUCCCCAUGUCACCCCCUGCCAAUAUGACUGAAUGACUGGACAUGCCCAAAAUAUUUGGAAAUGGCCUGCCAGCUGUUCAACGCAGUUACUCCAACACAGACCCCUCCCACCUCCCCCAUCCACAUACUUUUUAGCUUAGGUGUUACAAAAUAUCUCAUCAGAUUCCUCCAUCUGUACAUAUAAGUACAUGUACUCCCAGCAAACUGAGUCGAGCAACUUCUCAGCAUCAAAGCUAAUUGCUAUGGCCCGUAUAUUUCCCUUAGUAACAUGGUCAAUUACAUACAGCAUCCAUCUAAUUUUGUCUUGCGUCUGCCAGUCAUGCAUGUUUGGUCGGUCUCCACCAGCUCCAGUAUAAUGUGUUCUAAUCUUAGCUAAUAUUGACGCAUACAAUUUACAGUCAAUGUUCAGUAUUGAAAUUGGCCUGAAUGCACCACACUCUCUCUUGUCCUUUUGCUCUUGAUAAAUAAUCAAAAUUAUUGCCUCCCUCCAUGUUUGCGGUGUUUCUUCUUGGAGUGUAUAGUUAAAGCAGUCAUAAAGUAUGAGUACUAUCUCACCCUUAAAGGUCUUAUACCAUUUGGCAGGAAGAACGUCUGUUCCUGGUGCUUUAUAGGCUUUUAGCCAAGAUAUUGCUUUCCCUAUUUCCUCCUUUGUAAUCUCUGGUUUUAGGGCUUCAUUCUGGAUUUCACCUAUGGAGGGAAAAUCUAGUGAAUCUAAAAAUGUGUUUAUUUCCUGUGGACUAGUUGUAUUUGGUUUUCUGUAUAGCUCUCGAUAGUAAUUUUCAAAGAUGCAUUGGAUAUCCUCUGGUUUGUGGCGCACUUUUUUAGUUUUAGGGUCUCUAAUUUAAGGUCUUCAUGCCUGUUGUUUUCCCAGCCUGCAUGCCAGAAGCUUAGGGGCCCUCAGACCAUUCUCAUAAUAUCUCUGCUUAGCAAAUUUGGCUUUUUCCCUAAAUCUGCCUCAUAUCUCAAUUUUGUCCUUUCUGGCUGCUUUUAUUUCCGUCAAUAUGUGGGGUCCUUACCUUUAACAUGUUCUCUUUCUAAAACUUUAAGUUUUUCUUCUGAAUCAGCUAGGUUUUUGUGUCUUUCCUUCUUCCUUUGUGAUGUAUACGCUAUGAAUUUUCCUCUGAUCACUGAUUUUGCAGCAUCACACAAUACACUUGGCAAAACCUCUCCAUUAUUGUUGUUAUAACAUUUAUGUUGUCCAUAUAAAUCCUUAAAUUCCCCCUGUAUGUGUUACCUGCAUGCUUUAUCAUGAGUUGCUCUAAACUUGAUUGAAAAUGUGGAUCGAUACAAAUUUUCAUUCCAACUUUUAGUAAAAUAAUGCUUUGAUUUUUAAUUUUUCUUUGUUCAUGCUUUUAAAAUCACUUAACCUUUUUAGAUUUGCUUUGUUUUUAUGCUCAGUAAAACUUAUUUAUGUUUGUUCAACAUGGUAAGUUUUUACGAUUGUGCUUUGGGUGGUUUGUUCUGUGUAUUUUUAUUAAACAGUUUUGCAACAGCUUUGGUUGAAUAUGGUCUCAUUGAAACAUGUUUCCCAUUUGCCCAGCAGAGGGGGCACCUGGAUCACAUUUAACAUGCAGUUGCUUCAAAGACUUCAGCUGCAGAGGUUGGCUCUGUCAUUUGUUUAUGUCUUGACUAAAGAAUGGACUUAAAAGGAUUAUCACAAAGCAUUUAAGUUAUUGAAACUCAUUAUAACAUUAUGAUAAUUAUAACUUCCUUCACCUUAUAUCAACAAGCAUAAGCAGGUGUUUAUUUAACAAUCCAAGAGGACUGAAAUGAAACUGUCAUGUGAACUUUAGUUUGGUGAUUCAUCUUAGGUUGUGCACGAGUUCUCAUUUCUUCAUCUUCAGUGUAAGCACACUGGGCCAACAUAUGAGCGAGCACAACAAAUUCAAGUUUUUCUCUUUGUGGCUGAUUGCUCCAUGGAGGUCAGCUCCCCAGUGUGGUGCAAUGAUAAUGCAUGUAAAUGGACUGCCCGAACCAGACAGAACGAGAUUCAACCAGCUUGUGUCAGACUGACUGACUGGGGUUGCUUACCUCCAAACUUCACACGUGUGUAACAAUAAAUUCCAGCACUGCAGUCACAGCUCAGAUCUGUUGACUGAGAGAGAGCCUGGAGGAGGUUAAACCACAUCACCCUUUGAAUGAAAUGAUUUUCACAGCACUGUAUUUAUCUGUAAUUGUAUUAGACAACUUUUAACUUAUAAAGUAUUGUACAUUCAGAGGCAUUGCUAAAAGUGAAACUGUUGUUUUGCUCUGCCUGCUGCAUAUAAUACACUCAAUGUUUGUCAUUUUUUAAUGCAAGUCAACUUUUAUUUUUGUUAUUUAAAACUAUACUAAGUGUUAUUAUUACUACCUUUUAGUAAGUCACUUUUUUAACAAGACAUGUACAGUAGGUUAACUUUCUUCAUCACUAUUACUGUGCUGACAGGGACUAUACUUGAUGCUUUCUGCAGGUUAAAAACCUUGAGCCAACACUCAAUUGGUGGGUGUAUUCAAACAGGUGAUGUAAUAUAAAAUGCAUGUUUAUUCAUCACCCACAACUUGCAGAGAGCAUGGGGAACAGUCACUGGCAGUACUCAAAGCGCAAUAUAAAAGGUUUAAUCAUAUUACAAUAUCACUAGUGUGGGAAACUGAGCAGACAGUUUAUGCAACUAAUAAACCACAACUGUCUAAACAACAAGGGUUAAAAAAAAAAAGACCCAUUGUGCAUUAGUUUUUCACUUAACUCAGGUUAUGUAUAAGCUUGAGCUGAACUUCCCACACUGCUGUAUUCCUGAAAAGUUGGCUGACCAGUUUUGUGUCCUGGAUGUGUUAACUUUUUUUUUCUAGGGCUAAGGGAUUCUAAGAGUGUGGAAGCAUGGAGAGUGAACUAAAUGCAUCCACGAACCAACACAUAGAUAAUAGGCUUUGAAAAUGUGUCUGCUAACAACAAAGGCUCAGAUAUAGGCCAACUGUCUGGGGUGUGAGGCUGAUCCAAGGACAGUGACACUCCAACUGUGCAUUUAUAAAAACUUACUGUACGUGGAGAUGGAAUUGUAUGCAUGUUGAUCUUUUAUCCAACAAAAUCAGAUCUGAGUUUACGGUCUCUCAAGUAUCAUGUGGUAAAGCUACUUUGCAUUAUUGCAUGCAUAGGAAGCUUAUAGCACAUGCUGUAGAUGAUUAAAUGCUCUAGUUGUAAUAUUAAAUGAGCCACUUCAGUAGGCUACAACACAAGUAAAGUGAUGUCAGGUUUAGUCACAAGUUGACUAAAACAUGAAACUGAUAUUUGCUUUGUAAUCAAUUCCAGCUGGACAGAAUAACAGAAAUGAGAUGACUUUGCAGAAACAGAGGGAAUUCAAAUACCAUAAACUGGGAGCAAACAUGUUUCUAAAAGCAGAAGAAACAUAAAGAAAUUAGAGGUAGACAGUGUUGCUGGGUAAAGAUACAAACGCCCUUCGAAAAAUCCUCCCUGAAUGACUUUACUGGGUUGUGUACUGUCUCCGCUACACACACCAAACCCAGUAUUUUUCCAUCAAGUAGCGCGCUGGACCACGUGACCACAAAGGAGAAAAAAACGCUGUCAUGUUUGCAUCCUCGAUUGACAGUAGUGCACGCUCUACACAGCUCCCAAUGAGCAAAACAGAGACGGCGUCUUCACAUUUCGCGUCCCUGCAUUAUUGACACAUUAUAUUUACAAAGUCUACCCUUCACUUUCUCAGUGUCGCCCAUUCGGGAGACAAAUUCUCCUUCAGGUCGUUUUUCUAACCCCGUGCGUUCAUGAUCAUGUAACCACUCCCACUCGUGGCUGGUGGAAAAUUACCAGCUUACAAGCAACAGGCAAAUGAAUGGUACUUGCGGUUCAUCACAUCACUCAACCUUUAAGUGUACCUGCAUGACACAGGCAUUGUCCUUUGGAGAUAUAUUCUGCAGAGAAGUAGAGCAGUAUUUGCAGGGAGUCUGAGUGGAUAAAAUCAUUGAAUGGCACUGGUUUUACGCAUCGGUUUUUGUAUUACGCGUGCGGAAAUGCUAUGCUGCUUAUACAUUAGUACAGGUAAUGUAUAACUUAACCGUCAUGAGGAGCACUAAGAAGUGGUCGCUUACUUAUUCUCUAUUCUGAUAAGCGAAGUCAUGUACAAGUCCAUUCUGCAUGGGAGUCUGCCCUCUUUUUCUCUCCGGGCGGAGUAGUCGCGUGGGCGCUUGAGCGAAUUGAAAUAAACUGACAGGUCAAUCAUUCAAUAAGACACCAAGGAGGAGGUCUUCGCUGAAGCGUUAGCCAAUCACAGCGCAGAGUGGGCGUUACCCCAGUCCAAACUUUACGCGGCGCCAUCGGCUGAAAACUAAACCGAGAUGGAAUCUCCCAGUCUGAACCGGUUUCAACCGGUUGAGAGUUAGUUGCUUGAGAGAGGAGAGGAGGCGCAGGCACACAACCUCUACACCGCCCCGCUGGAAAAUUAUUAGAGUAACGAAUUUACUAGUGAAUUAAGGUUUACUUUGUUUCGUAAAAUGUACCGGAGAGACAUAUUGCAGGGUUUGCCGUGAUAGUAGUUUUUGAAUCCACAUCAGUGGUUCCUAGCAGCCAGACAUCCCUCACUGCUGGAGCUGGAGAUAGAGUCAACGCUGCAGAAAUAGGAAAUCUUUUUCUUAUCAUCAGUGAUACUCAAGUACUCACAAUAUCUUGUAGCUUCUUUGGCAAACGCCACUCUUUUCAGUCAGAGCCUUGGACUUUAGGUAGGUAACUGGGGUGAAGUGCAAACCUGCCUUGCUGUGAUGAACGCAUCCUAACUUUACCUUUAAGGACAAUAAAUUGCAUAUCGGUGUUGGUAUUUAGUGUGUUAUAGUACAGUAGUUGUUGUCUGUUUUAGCGCUCUUCAGCUAAUUUGAAAUAGCACCAGCAGCAUAAGAAAAUAGCCCUCGACUGCCCGCUAGCUAGCGUUUACCACUUUAUCAGGAUUAGCUAACGUUGGCUAUCAAUGAAAGUGUUGUAACUUAUCCAAACUAAAGGCACAACUAACCGAAGCUGCAUCCUGUAACGGGUGACAACACGGUUGAAUAAGUAAGCAAACGCUGUGUGAUUAAAUCCGUGCCUCUCCCACCACAGCAGCAUCACUACAGUCCGUGAUGUGAGCGGAUGUUAAGUUGAUGUUGCUCGGUACUUAGCGGUGGCCAACGUUAACUUAAUCUGCAUCAGAAAAGCGUAACUGUUACGCCAAACCGGCGCGGGUGGUACGGUUAAUCAAGUGACCAUGUUAACUGGUGACUAUCAACUGAACGCGUCGUUGGUUGUCGUAGUUACAAGGUGCGCGAGAUUACAGUUAUUUUAACUACGACAACCUCCGGUGCAUCCCGAACCAAAGUCGUCAGUUUACAUGGGUCACUUGUUUAAACGAAACACCGGUCCCUGCCUGCAUGGAGUGAAACAGCCGCCCGAAUCGUCAACUUCUAGUAACAGCGUUGUAAAAAUAACAGAGAAAUUCGUGUACGGGAGCAUUCAGUCUCUGGUCUCCUCGGUGGGAGUGGUUGCAGUCAGCAGAGAAGCACCACAUGUGAACUGUUUGUGCGCCACAAUGCUAACUGCAAAGCUAGGAGUACAGCAUGAGCGCCUGCUAAUGUUAGCAUGUUGUGUGAAGUAUACUACGGCCGCGUGCGCUCUGUUUACAUUGGGUUUCAUUACAUUCAGCACUAGUAAUUGUCAACAAAGGCAUGAGCUGCAUUCAUUAUUUAGGAAGUUUAACCCCAAGCCUGUCAUUUGCCUUGCUGACUGUGUUUGGAGGAGUGUGCUCCGUCAGUUACAGAUGUAAACAACGUGACGUCGCUCAGUAUAUUCGGCACGUGGGUUUGGUAACUAUCUUAAUAUGGUGUUAAAAGAAGUCCUUCAUUAGUGGAGUUGAGUUGGCAAUAUGCAUGUACAAGUUAACUGUUUUCUGGUUUCUGAGUUUGUUUCUACUGUCCAGCAGUUUUUAAUAAUUAUGGGGAAGUGACUCCACUUCAAUCUGAAUGCUGGGGGUUAAAAAUUUCAGAUUGCAGUCACUCUGGUUACUGUGAUUUAUUUGAUUUUUGUGCAUUUUUACUUUUUGAUAAUUGUUUACACAAGUGUUUAUUUUACAAAUAGUUUUAUUUUGCUACGUUUUACAUGACACCAGUAAAUGUGUAGAAAAAUGUAAAAACACACUUGAACUGCAAAAAGCAAAAAAAUUUCACCCAGCAAAUUUAGCUCCAUUUCACUGAAGAUAUUUUAUAACGAUCAAAAUAAGAUUUAAAUCUAGACCUGUGUUGUACCUUAUUUCAAGUUAAUUUUUGUGACAAAAAGUGACCAAAGAUAGAAAACAUUUUAAAUAAAGUAUAACUGCAGCUUUAAAACCUAUUCUAACAAGAAGGCCUUUGGUUUUAUCACAACAAUUAGCUUGUGAAAAUAUCCUUUUUCAUAAUUAUGGGGCAUACUUCACUUCAACAGCCCACACUCUCGUGUUCAAAGUACUUAGUACUACACCUACAUGGAGUACUUUUCACUUGAGUAGAUUUACAGACGGGUAGCUUAAUUUACACUGACAAUCUGUUUUAAAGUAACUGUUCCUACACACGAGUGGAAGAUUUUUGUACUCUUUUCUAACUUUAAGACAAUGUGAUAAUGGCAAUUUGACUUGUAAAAUGCUGUGUGCCAAAUUACCAGCCUCAUUAAACUGAAGCUGCCUUCAAUGGAAAUGCAACAAGUAAAGCUGUAUCAAAAUAGCAGAGACAGCUUGCUAAAUCAAAGCUUUUUCAUUUAUUACAUGUCUUUUAAUUAUGAUUUUAAAUUUUAAUUUAAAAAAACAUUUCAAGUCACCACUCAUUCUUAAUGUUUAUAUGACCCACUAUGCUGAAUUUAUAAGUCAUAUACCGGAUAAGUAAUGUAAAUAAAUGACAUAUAGUAUUGGUUUACCCAUCUUGGCAUUGACCAAUGUCUCUGACAGCUAAAACAAUGUUUUAUGUCUUGGUAGUUCCAAGCACUUCUUCCAUCUCUUCCUUUUAGAUCACAGCUGAAUAGAAAUGGCGUGUGGUUCUUUAGAUUUACAAAAUACCCCAAAGUUGACGCUGAUCGAUCAAUUGUCAAUUCUUGCUGGGCUUGUUUUAAACUCAUCUGAAGCUCAACUUCUCUGCUAUAAAAUGUUUGUUUAUUGCAUUAGUUUGAUUCGCACUUGACUUUCAGGAUAUGUUCUGACAUGUUAGUGUGACUGAUGUUGUACAAAACCGAACUUCUUAAAGCCAGACUGGUAAAUCUAGAUAAUUGAAAAUCAAUUUUCCCUUACAUGGAUACAACUCAAUUGGCCUCAACCUGAUGCAGGUGUUCUGUGCAUUUCCCACAGUUUUUACGCCAGGCUUUAACCUGUAGGUCAAACAGCAUAGAAGGACGCAGGGUAGUAAAAAAAUCUUUAAAGCAGAAGAAGAGAGUGAAAGAAACCAUGUUAACGAAAGGUACAGAGGUGAUUAGCUGUCCAUGUUUUUGCCAUUGGACAUAUGACCACUUUGCCGCUUGCUAACUUGUUUGGCGUUUGUUUUGGCAUGUGAUGUAAAACAGGUCAAAGAAAGUACAGUGGUAUUUUGCUGAAAGGGGGGCACAUUUCCACUUGCGUGAGGCAGACACUUUUGUCAAGAAACUGAUUGUCACGUGGUGCUCUCAUGCUGAGAUGAGGACAGUAUUCAAAUGAAAUUGCCUCAUCCAGAUAUCACUAUAGCUUAAGAUAAAUGUGCAUGUAAAUGUACCAGUUUUCCCUUCCUUUGUGUCCUGGUUCACUUUUAUACGUUAAUAGCUAAUGUUUAUAGACCACACUGUUAAACUUCAUAGAUUAUUAGGAAUUGCCUUUAUGUGUGUGCCUGUCAGGUGAACUCAAUUUGCCUGUUAGCACAUUAGCCAGAAACUGGGGUGCUACCAGCAUCGAUUGAAAAAUCAGACAGUAACAUCACUCAAGUUGAGAGUCUGCUACAAAUACUUGUCUGUGAUUUGGUUUGCAUGAUGCACCUAGCCUUAGCUAUUCUGCUAUAUCUGCAGUAGAACACUUUGCUGUGCUUUAACGUUGGUGCGCUAACAUUUAGUUUAUAUAGAUAUAACUACAAUAUUCUAUUAGGAAAAUUGCUAAGGCAUUUAUAAGUAGUUAAAUUCAGAAAACAGUGAAGAUACCACUAAGCUAUAGAGAAAUGAAGUUGAAUUACAAAUUCUGCCAUUUGUAGUCGUGUUUCUGCCCAACACUGCCCAAAUGUUUACAAAUCACUGUCAGCCGGUUUUUCAAAGAGAAUGUGGAAAAAAGUCCAGCAAAUGUCCUUUAUCCUCAGUAAAAAAAAACACUGAACUGAAAUUUUGAGAUUAGCUAGAGGGAAAAUAGUUCUUUCGUCUUUGCUGCAUGAGUCCCUGUUUUAAAAACAUGACCCCACCAGUGGACCAAAGUGAGGCCUCCAAUAAUUUACCAUGUUUCAGUGACAGAGAGAGGCAUACUAAGUCUCCUCUUUUAUGUAGUUUUUGAAUACUGACAGGUUGUGACACAUGAGCUUCUUAAAAGGACAGCUCUCUGGUGGGUCUAGGGGGUCUUUUGUUUAGUGGUCAGCUGUUUGGAAUUGUUUCUAAACACACAGUUCACAUGACUUUGCCCCGUUGAAUGUGUUCUGCGUACUCAUGACCCCCUCUCUCUGCUGUCCUCCUUGCAGAGCUCUAUGCCAGCAAUUAUGACAAUGUUAGCAGACCAUGCAGCACAGCAGCUGCUGGACUUCAACCAGAAACUGGAUAUCAACCUGCUGGAUAAUGUGGUGAACUGUCUAUACCAUGGGGUUGGACCACAGGUAUGUUGUGAAUUACCUACAAAUGUCUUAUAAGGCACCUGAUACACAGUACAUAGUGUCGAUGUCAAACACUAUUAUGCCUUAAACUAAAGGAAAAAAUAUGUACUUAUCAAUGUCGUACAGUAGUCUAAUGUAUGUAAGUUCUUAAAACACCCACAAAUAUAUCUAAAUGAAAGUUAAUGUUCUCCUGAUUUCAGAUUUAUUUUGUAAUACCACUUCCUCACAUGUCAGUGUUGAUCCUUAAGUGUGAUCUGUAUGUUUUACAGCAAAGAAUGGCACAGGAAGUGUUGACACACUUAAAAGAGCACCCAGAUGCCUGGACAAGAGUGGACACCAUCCUUGAGUUCUCACAGAAUAUGAACACCAAAGUAAGUUCGCUCCUGUCCAGAAAACAUCAGUGAAUGUCCCUUACAUGUGCUUUGAGGAAGUGUUAGCCCAACAGAAUAGAAUUGGCAGAAUAUUAAGCCAAAACAUCAAACCACAGUGGUUUACCUGAAAACAAUAUGCUUCAGAUACCAUCAAAAGAUGAUAUUUUGUGAGAAGUUAGUAGCUGUAAGUUGAAAAGAUGCACAUGGUCCCCAACAAUACUUACCUGUACAGGAUACUCUGUACACCUGAUCAAGCUAAAUCUGUAGGGUCUGAACCUGUUGGUAAAAAUCUAACAUGUCUUUAAAAUUAAAGUAAUGAAGACACAUACAUUUUUUCUAAAUCAUAUUGAUGACAAAAUCCCUGAUGAUUUAUUCAAUGCACCAGUUCCUUCAUUAUAUGGGGUUAGCAGCAACACAAGUCUCUUUCUGUCCUCUAGCAAGUGCAUGUUUUCAGCCACUUUUGUCCCUCAUCAAGAACAUGUUAAUAGUUUAAAAUGUGACUAAUGCGCGAUCUAACAAAUUAGUUUCAUAUAUAAACAGAAAUAAAUAAUAUAAAACUAAAUCACGCUGGGCGUGAGCUUUGUCAGUCAGUGAACUUCCAGAUGAAACUCUAACUGAUAAGCACCUCAAAGACUUUCAGUUUUUGUUUUCAAUGUUGUAGGUUAAAAGACACCAAACAUUUAGAGCAGGGCUGUCACAAUAUCUCAUUUUCACCUCACAGUUAUUGUUGCCUAAAUAUUCCUGAUGAUGGUAUUAUUGUGAUAUUUAUAUGAAGUUUAAAAAAAGCAACAAAGUCAUAUUAAUCAAAGGCAAACUGAGAGGAGAGCAGCACAUUACCUUAAAAACUCAUAAACAUGUUAGCAUCUAUUUCUCAUGAUGUCUAAAGAUGUGUUUUUUCUGGGUCCCCAUCCCCGUAACAAGAGUGUCACAAUAAAUAUUUUUGAUGCUUUUAUUUUCACGUUUCUUCAGUUGUGCCUAUAGGUAGCUUUACUUCAUGUAUUGUGAAAUACAUGCUUUUAUUUUGAAAUAGAGUAUACAUAACUGCUGGUAGAUCACAAGUCUAGGAACUGAUUGAUGACAGCUAAAAAAACAGUUGUUUAAUUUAUUAGUUCCCCCAUUGUUUCUUUUGAUUCACAGCACAUCUCAACAUCAGUUUUAAGUGUCUGAUCAUCUUCCAGAUGGCUGCUACAGCUAGCGCACUAGCAGCUGCUCCUGCUUCCUCCUAGUCUCCUCUCUUUUUUAUAGCAGUUAUCAUCCAGCAUUAAAAACCACGACCACCCUCGAAUCUGGGCCACUUAAAUGGGGUUCAAUAUUGCUUUUAUUUUGCACAAUAUCAGUACUUCAUUAAAAUAAAACAAUAGGUAUCUUGAACAUGGAUAUAUUGUGACAGCCCUAAGUCAAUGAGAGCGCAAUCCAUUUUUUAACCAGUGAAAAGUAGCUCAUGUAGAAAAGUAGUACAGACUGCCCAAAUAUUCUCACCUGUUAGAUGUAUACAUAUGUCUACAUGAUCUGAGGUUCUGUUAGUGUGCAGGAUGCUGCGAUAACUCCUUCAUUAAUAACAUUUAAAAGCACAAAUAGACACUAAACUCUUUCCAUAAAUCAUGUCCAGCUGCUAAAAACAUUUACAUAGAAGUUUAAAAGUUUUAACAGUGGACUGUAAUGUAUAUUUCCUGUUGUUCACUUAACACCCUCAAAGUACUAAUAAUUAACCAUAAACACUGUAAUUACCACAAGCUCUUUUUAUCUGUUAUUGCAGCUGUCAGAUUGAGUUAGCCUCCGCAUUAUGACUCCUGAUAAGUGUACAUGUUGCCCUCCCUGUGUACUGAACCAGCUGAUAAAGCACAGUGAACCCAGCGAUUUAGUGUUUAGAUACAUGCAGAGAUUCGUAAUUGUAACAACAUAAAAUGACGGAGAGCUUCAAUAACAGAGCCCGGUCUGUAACUCAUGGCUCAAGAAAAUUGAGUGAUUGUCCAAAGUACUCCUGACUUCCUCAAAGCACACACCUUGACAUUGGCCUUUUUUCUUUUUUGCUUGCCUAUAAGAUUGCUUUUAACACUGACAUUCAUGACUAAUGUCUAAGUUGAUGUAUCAACAGUACUUUUUUCUAGUUUUUAAAUUUUUAGUCUGCCAAAAAGGGCAUUAGAGGAAAAGAGGGAGCACAAGGUAAACACCUCUUGAAUUCUGCAUUUAUCUUGUUUCAUUAGUUUAAAAGGUGCAUAAUUUCAAGGCACUAAGAGCAUUUGGCUUUCUUUCAUAGCUACUGCAGUGAUAAUAUAAUAUGAAAAAUGUCAUGAAUUCAAGUUGUGACUAUUUGAUAUUAAUCACAAUGUUCCAUUAUGUUUAUGGCUUGUAAUAGGAAGAGAAGGGGUGUGUCAUCCUGUGCAUCAUGACACAGCUAGGCUUUGACGGCAGGCCUCCACAAGGUCUACCCUUUUUAAAUUCCCUUUGACUGAAUUCUGUUCAUCCGUUUCUAUUGCAUCUGUUUCAUUGGACAGAGGGAGGGUGCAGGCUGCAGUCAGUCAGAUCCAUUGUAGUGAGACAAUCUGAUUAGGGCUUAAUUUCACCUGUAGGGAUCAUGGCUUUGUUCCCACCCCUUCUUCCUUUUUUUAAAUUAUUUUUUUUACAGUGCAUCCUCUUCCUCCUCUCCCCCCUGUUCCUCACUAUUCCUCAGCAAAGACCCUCUAAUGAUGUGAUUUCGACAGCUAAAAAAGUUGCAAAGCACUUGGCAGUUUUUUUUCCUCCUCUUACCUCUUGUGGUGGUUUUGUUUAAACUGUGGCAGUUAAAGGUGAAACCAAACAUGUGAAGAACAAAUGCAGCACUCGUGACACCUGUCAAUAGUGAGCAGCGAGUGUGCUUGUAAGGGGUUUUCACCUUUAAUCUUCCAGCGUCCCAUCGUCUCUAGCACAUUGUAAAUCCUGCUUUAAUAACAUCUUUUACUACAUGUCAUUCAUUAUGAUUUGAAUACUGUUAAACUGAUGAUCCCUACAGUUGAAACAGUCAGUUGGAGUAACUUUAGAUCCAAAAAAAUCAAAUAUUCUUUUUAUUAAUUCAUUUUUGUUUCUCUUCAUGCUUCACUUUUAAGCAAUCUGAUGCAACAAAUAGGGCAUAACCUGUGGUUGGUCUUGCUGUUCCUUAUAACACACCAGUUAAAGGGAUCAAAUUGAAGUUUAAGUCAGUCUUAAGUGAUACGUUAUUGUUCGGUGAUGGAAAAGUAAACUCUCACGGUUAUGGGUUGGGUAUCGAUGACCUUUAUUCAUUUGAAUUUUUUGUUUAUUGAAUCAGGUUCAUACUCAAUGCCUGUCCAGAAAGAAGAAAAAAGCAACUUAAAUUUUCAAAUAUUGUAGACUGUCAUGAGGAGCUGUGUUUCAUGAAUAGUACAGGAUAUUUACGUUUUUUUGUUAGACAUGUUUGCUUCUUACACAGAGUUGUAUCUUGUUUUGCUGGUGGGGUCUAAUUUUCACUUUUGUUGCUGCCGGAGAUCCUACUUUCACUGUUGCGUACCAAAAAUGAAACCCCCUGGCAGUGACUCGUUUUGUAGUUUUAAUAAAACUACACAAAAUAAAUUGCCACUGGGCUUUCUAAAUAGAGCUUAAGGGCUGUUUACAAGUGAAUUUAGUCAAAAAUGUUAAAGUAUUGUUGCGUUUGGCUGUUCCAACACACGAAAACAGCCUUUCAGGUGGCUGAAAACUGGAAAACCAGGACCUUUUCAAAAUGCUGUUCCUUCUGGCACUGCGUAAACUGGCAAAAUAGGUAUUCUGUGAAAACUGUGAUUUUACAACUCUACUUCUUAGAGUUUUACGAACACAGUCAUAUAACAAUACGCAAAUAGGGCAAUAACUACACUAAUGGAACAUUAAGUUGUGUUAGUGCUGCUGAGUUAAUCAAUGCUUCUCCAGCUAAGAGGAGAUUUAAUGUUUGUCACCGUGUUCUUGUUUGUUUUUACCGAUCUCUGUAGAAAACAGUAUUUGUGUGCAGCGCUUGGUGUUCUUCAGUGGUGUUUCAUCAUGAAGUGAAGUGAAGCUGCCAACUCCUGUCCUGGUAGCGGUUUUUAGGUUUUUUUUUUUUUGUGUUUAUGAGGGUUGUUUUCACAACUUUGGAAUAAAAAAACAAUUUUUUAAAAUUGUGAAAUAUUUUCUUUUUUGAUUGUGCCGUUCUCCUCCAAACAGGCCCUUACAGGUGCUAGUCUCAGUAACCUCUUACACGUUGCAACUCCGCAACAGUAUUGAAACAAGGUUAUGCCAUAGUACACACACAGGGCACCCUAAAACAGUGUAAUAUUGGUGUCCAAGUGUGUAAUUUCAUAUUGCAUGACUGUGCCAGAAAUGUGGGAAGUAUGGCUUUUAAACACACCGUGGGUGCGCCACUUACAAGCAAACUCAGAUAUGCACAUACACACAGCGUGGUCAACGUUUUGGUGGUUCAGCAGCUUAACAUUGUCACCGUCUCCCUCUAUUCCGACUCUGUUAUUGCCUCUGAGAAUCCGAAACACAAUGACUGUCAAUCACACAUUUGUGCUUUACGAUUUGCUGACAAGGUGUAACAUAUGUAGAUAUCCAUCCUAGAAAUCUCAGUAUGCAAGAGCCAGAUGUCUUGCAUACCAUGCAUGCAUAUUUUCUUUACUGCAAUAUUAUCAGUAAAAUUAAGUACUGUUUAAUUGUUAUUCGCACAAACUCCAACUAAUCCACUAUGGCGUUAUAUCCCUGCCACCCAAAAGGCAUCAGUCGUUGUGACAUACGCAGCUGUACUGACUCCGGGUGUGAUUGCAUUUGAAUGUAGAACUUCUCUGAAAUUUCCUCCACUGUUAUGCUGUCACACAGGAAAGUUCGUAAACAGUCUCAGUCUUUUUAAAAUAUAUCAGUAUUUGAGUUAAUCAAAACUGGAACCUGUUCACUUCAGAUAGAGUUCUCGAUGCCCAACCCCAUAACCUGUAGUGAGUGCAGCAUGAGUGAAAGAGCAUUUAUAAAAAGUACAUUACUAAGUUCUCUAGAGCAUCAAACUCAUCCUUAGAGCAAUCAGAGACAAAGCUGGUUAAUGGAUUGUUGUAUUUUUAGUCGUCUUUUGCUGUCUGGUGUGAUGCUGGGAGAAACAGCAGGACUUCUGCAGAGUUCAAGCUUAAUGCUGCUUUUAGAGAUCUAAGAAACAAACAACAAAUGAAUGCUCUGCAAAACUACUUCAAAAUCUGCAUGAAAGAUGUGGUUCAGUCCAAUUCAAUUUAGAAAUGCAAGUUAUAACAAACUGGUCUACUUCAUACUUGUUUUGGUUCCUAUUAUAAUUACACAAUGCUUAUUGUUGAGUGUUUUUAAAUAAAGCUUUGUCCUAAUGCUUGUCUCUCCUUGCAUGUUACAGUACUAUGCUCUUCAGAUUCUGGAAACGGUUAUCAAAACAAGAUGGAAGAUUCUCCCCAGGAAUCAGUGUGAAGGUAAAACUGCAUUUUGUGGUAUAAAUCCCAGAUGAAUUCUAUUUGUGUGAGUGCCUUUUUAAGUAUUGUGACGUGCGGUUGCCAAGUCGAGAAGGGUUCCCCCCACUAGGCAUGCUGGUUUGUUUUCUGCACGACUGGCUCGCGCUGGCCGCUGCAAGCCAGGUUGGGCUUUGGACUGUGGCAGCUGUUUUAGAGAGGAAACGACCAAAACUCCCAGCACUGAUUUUUAAAGCUUUGUGUAGAAGUCGAGGAACUUUGGUGAAAGUUAUUACUGUGUCUGUUUCGGGUGCUUGUGUGGAAUAUUAAUGUGAUGGUAACUUUUUAAAAGGCUCAGAAUGAGCCUGUUUUUGUUCGUAGAAAAACCCCAGUGUUUCUUUUUUUCAGACCAUUAAUCUUAUUGUACAUGUAGGGGAAAGAGAGACAGGUUACUGGCACAACAGGAUCCUGGCACAGUGGGAUUUGUAAAACUACCACUAGGAGUCAGAAUUUAAAAAAAGAUCUCCCACAGUAGGGCCAUAAAUACCUGUGGAGGAACAAAGUUUUUAAAGAUGUUUGGAUUAAAAGCAUGAAUGACCGUUGUGCUCUUUGCUAUCAUUUAGAGUUACGGUAUUGAGAUUCUGCCGUCCACUUUUUCCUCUUUUACACGUCUCAGUGUUUCCUUGUUUUCUCUGGUUGUCAACAGAUGUCUGAUUAUCUUUGUUACCAUCUACAACUGACAGUUAUGUUGUUUGUUGCUGUUUUCAGUUUUAUGGUAUCUGAAACAUUUAUUUGAUGUUUUCAUUACCAUGAAAGCAUGGUUGGGUGCACUCUACCAAAGAAACUGAGGUGAGAGAUGAUGAGUGGAUUUUUCACCUGAGGCUGACCUGGUUUUGGCUCCACUUGUGUGUCUGACAACUGUUGCCCAACCAUACUCUCCAAAAGUAAAGGAUGUGCAAUACUUGGGAAAAACACAUUUAAUUGAAUAUGUGCAAAUCCUCUCAUUGUUACCCCCUCCACUCUUCUUCAAUUACUGUAAAAACCAGAAAACUAGUAGCAUUGGUUUAUUAAACCGAUGAAUAUGACUGCUGGAUGUUGCUAAGUAUUGCCAUUUACACUAACUUUACCUUAACUGUAUAUCAUGUUUUAUCAUUAUUCAUAUAUUUUUAAUUUUUUGGGAGUUUAUUUUUUAUGACCUACUGAGAAAUUGAAAAAGAGAAAUUGAAUACCCCCCCUGCAUUUCACCAGUACCCAUAUAUCGAAUCAAUCAAAUCAGGGUAUAGGAUGUAGAUAACUAAGUGACAAAAAAGGUAAUAAUAGUACCUCUUUUUCACCAAACUUUGCCAUGAUUAGCAAAUUGACAUUUGGUUUCACUUAACUUGAACAAAAAUGAGGUGCCUGAGAGGCAAAGUCUGUGCAGGACCACCAGCAUUCAUGUCUAUACUCCCACAGUUAUGACAGGCGCAUCUGUAGACCAACAUUUCAGAACUGAUAAAAUCUAAAGCUGAGGAAAAAAAAACAUUUUUUUGCAGUUAUUUUUUGCUAGCUCAGACAUUCUUGAUUGUUCUUAAGAACAACUGGGGAAAUGUGACUUUAACUGGUCCACUUUUUUCCCCUGCAGAAGUUCAGUAACAGCUGCAGCCCCAAUCAAUGUGUUUACAAACUGAAUUUGCCUCAGUCUGUACAUGAAAGACCACACUGUGUUGUGUUUCUCUAAACCCCAAAUAUUUGAAAGAGAUUCAGCCAGUUAUGAGCCAGAGGACUGAGGCUAGGUUACUGAGUAAUGUGCUUUGGGCAAUUUGUCAUGUCGGGAUAUGUUUGGAUUUACAUGUUUUGUGGCUGCGCAUUGACGGUACUCUUUCUCUCUCUUUGUGUUUUUGCAGGUAUAAAAAAGUAUGUUGUUGGUCUCAUUAUCAAGACUUCUUCAGAUGCAUCAAAUGUGGAGGUGAGUCAAUUUUACAUUAACACUUAAUCUGAGGGUUAAUUUUAAGGGAAUGUAAGCAAAAUCCACUAUAUGACAUUUAAGCACUAAGGAAAAAAUGUUCAAUUUAUGUCCAGACAGCGUUAAAAUGAUUCAAUUUUAAAACAAAAGCAUCUUCAAGGUGAAAUAGAUCUCAUUUUGUUCAUUGGUUUAUGUGGCAUCAGAGCAGCAUGUAAACAGGCAGGCCUGUUGGCCAAUCUCAGGACAGCCGUGACUAACGCCAGUGACCAUAAUGUUGUGUUUACCAAUCUAAAGCAGUGACUUCAGCUGCUCCUGAGAGUGUGUUUUUUUUGCUAGCUUGUCUAAAAAAACAACCACAGGGUGUAAGGUGUGAGGAUUGUUUUCUUGCAUAGAAGUGUAAGAGGUAGGUAAGUGUCCAAACACAGCCAUCAGAUUUGACUGAGCACUGAUGUCUAAUGAAUUCAAACCCAUUACUGAUAAUAGAAAGUGUCAGAAAGUCUCUGUGGUUGGCCUCUCUUCGCUAGUAUGGCCUUUACAUAUAAACAGUAUAUUCAGUAAAUGUGACAUCAAAGUACGUCAUGUUGUUAAUGUGAGUGCAUGAAGUUGCCCAGGCCUAGCUUCAGUUAUAAACUAGUGUUGAAUCUAGAUUUUACUUCAGUUAGUGCAUGGAAAUGAGUGUGACAUUUCUGUCACAAACAAAUUUUCUGUUGAAACAAGCCCAUGACAAUUUCAUUAGUACAACAGCCUGCUUUUCUAUUGAAGAAUAGAAUUUACCAUUCACAAAAGAGAUCCCAGAGAGGAAGUGGUUAUUUGAGGUAGAGGGUUGUUUUCAUAUCAAUAGUUUCAGAGCACGAAGACAUGAUGCAAGUUUUGUCUGAUUAAGUUUUUGAAGAUGCUUUUCUUUCUCAAAGGCUUAAAUAAAAGUAAAAAAAGCACAAAGAUUAAAAAGACAUUGAUUGUUAGGCGGGAAGAAACUUACAAAUACAUUUCAUCAGGCAGAGGUAAACAACAUGUGGUCUCAUAUUACAUACAGCUUUUAUGGCAGUCUUACAAUUUUAAACACUCAGGCUGAAAGUGUUGCAACCAGCAGAGACGCUCGGCAGCUAGGGGCUCCAGCUCGGCCCCAGAUCUGUGUGAUGGUCUUUCUUUCUGGGGGAGUAACACAGUACAGCUCGAAAACAGAGUGUAGAACUUUUGUGCAACAUUACUUCACCUUUGGAUAUGAAGCUGAUACACUGGCAGAAAAUGACUGCAGAGAGAUUCCCCAAACUUGCAAAGCUGGCAUGCCAGUAUCCCUGCAUAUCAGCAUCAUCGGUGCCAUCUGAACGUGUGUUUUCUGCCACUGCACUGAUUGUGACCUGGUUGCACUCCCGACUGACACCAGACUGUGUGGACAUGCUUAUUUUUCUCAGUGAGAGCGAGUAAACAGAAAACUGGGAGCCUUUUUCAGUUCUCUUGUUGCAGGAAUUCUCCAGUGAAUAGUCUGAACCUUUCUCUACAUGACUUAAUGUCUGCUUAGCACAUUUUCAGAGCUUGCUUUGCAUGUGUCCAACAAAUUGGAGGUCUCUUUCUGCCAUGUAGAUAUAGCUGUACUGUCAGGCUACAUGCAGAAAAUACAUGACUGAGGAAAAAUGGCAUCAGGAAAGGGGCCACCAGGUCGAGGACUGUAGCCUCUGUUUAUAAAGGGGCACGGCUUCAUCACUGGGCCUAACCUCUGCCCCAUUUCUUGACGUCAUAACAUGUUUUUUUAAUUUCUCUUUCUGUUGAAUUUUUGAUUCUGUGUUGUGUUAUUUCAAGAUGUUUAUUCAUACUCCAGUUUUUUGCAUGGUGUCAUGAACUUCCGGUGAAUGUUCAUCUUAUGCUGACUUUCAUCAAUUAAUCUGUUGUUUAUCUUUACUUUGUAGAAAGAAAAGGUGUACAUUGGGAAGUUGAACAUGAUUCUUGUUCAGGUAAGUCUUCAGUACUAAUGACAAGUCAAAACACUACAGUAAAUUUGUCAUUUGAAAACCACUCUCAAGGCCAUUUCUCUGCUUGGGACUUACGAGAAAGGGGAUACCUCUAUCCUCUGUUAAACUUGUCAUAUUUACUUUUCUACAUUAUGCAUGAGCUGUAAAUUGUAUUUUGAAGCCUGAAGUAUGAACCUGCAGAUUAGAAAAAAGCAUCAGAGCCGAAAUAUUUGGAAAAAAACAAAAACAAAACACUUUUUAUAUCUUAAUUUUGUAGUGUAACCGAUAUGAAACUAUUCUCAUAAGUCAUUGUUGUGGAUGUGCAGCUGUUAGAAACACGUCAUUGUGCUCUGUAGAAACACUGGAAUGUUUUUUUAACACCACAGCUUUGCAUGUGAAUGAAUGUGGAGAGGCACAAAGAAGCGGUAGCAAACAGUUUCAGUGAAGUUAUCCACGUCGACAGCUAGAGAGCACACCAGAGCAGUAAACUCAGGUGUAGCCAAACAUUCACAUCCCACUCAAAACGUCUUGAUAGAGAGACCACAGCACAGGAAUAUAAUACACAGACCCAAAUGCUCUUAUUAAAGAGAGGAAGACAAUGAACUCUUUUGUUCUGUGAGCUUGAGUUACUGUUUUUGUCAUAGAGUCUGAUUGAUUUUAAAGACAUGUGCAGCUGUUGUUUCUGAAUUAAUAAUGAGCAUCUCACUCAUAGUGAAAUGUAAUGUGCCUGGAAAUUUUAUCUGUCAGCUUGUCUGUGGCAAAAACAAGAACUUUUAAAGGAUGUACUUUAAACAGGUGUACCCUGAGGAUGACACCGCAGCAUUAACUUUCUGUUUCUCGGCCUCAGCAGGAGCUAUGCCAAAGCUCCUUGUGACUGUUAGUCAUUUUGACCCCAAAAUACGGACCUAUUGUUAAAGAAUAACAAAGUGACAACCACCAAAGGUCAAGAGUUGGUGAUCCUUCUUCUAACCUGAACCAGUUGUUACAUCACUCUCUGUAUUCUCACCUCACAGAACAUUGAGGUUGCAGCUCGCUGCUGUCUCGCUCAUUUGGUUUUUGUGCGGUCCUGCCGGCAGGAGCAAUCUACUGAUGUUUUUUUUGUACCAAUUAGUCAUCCAGACUCCCAAAUGUGAAAAUAUGGCCAGCGUUUAAAAAUACAAAUUUCCCCUCCAAGCAAAUACAACAUUAUGACUCACUGUCUGCUGCUGGAAAGUCAAUGUGGCUGUUCAGUUGCUUGCUGACUAACUUGUCUCAUUGGUUCCCAACUGCAUAAGCAGAUAGUUAAAGUGUAUCUGAGGUAGAUUAUUAUCAAUGAUAGGUAAUAGUGAACAGAUGAGACCCCCUGUCUUAAGGAGAAAAAAAACCUGCAGAUCAAUACAGCGAUCAACAGUCUUAUCCAAGCAUUCAUUUCCUCUAAAUGUGGGACUCUUAAGUACAUCUGCAGCAUUGUCACAAAAGAAGUCAAUAUCACAGUUUUAGAAAUAUUUUGGAACAAUGAAUCCCAGUUUACUUCAAUGCUCCUCACUGCUUUUGUAGUGAUACUGCUUAACCUGAAGAUGUCACUCUAAAUUGGUGUAUCUGACCCUCACACUGUGACUACGUCUUUAAGAUGCAUAUUUAGUCGACUUGACAGUCUUUAGCAAGGUCGUCUCUGGGGACCUAAGAGCGGGAAAAGAUCAUCUCAAAAAGAGGGACCCUAAAGAAGUUGUUCUUUUGAAAUGUUCAGUCUGCAGUAAUGAUGCACCGUGCAGAACGAAGGCAGAACAACAUAUUGUAUAACACAUCAGUGAGAAUUGUAUCCCUACACCUAAAAAGAUGCUGAGUGCUAUAAACUCUGGGCUGCAGAAAUGAGCAGAUCAUACCCUGUGCAGACUGAUGCAAGCAGACCACUUCCUAAAAUUACUAUGACUCAUUGAGAUGUAUAUCAGCAAGGUCACUUGACCAAAACAUAUGCAAACAGUCGUCCAUAUUCUAAAUUGUGUUUCUGGAAGUGAACCAACAUGACAUGACCUCAUUGUGUGUGUGUGUUUGAUGUAUAUUCCUGUGUGGGAGACAGACACACUCAUAGGAGCUUCUAGUGACUUUGCAUUAAUGCCGCUGAGAAUGAGUCACUGCCUGCGUCAGCCGAGUAACACUGUUUCGGCCUUCAGGGACUCUGGAGCACUAGAUUCCACACUCAGGAGGCUGGGUUUGUGUUUGUGUUUGUGUAGAUCACAGCUGCAGCAUGAAAAUGCUCAAAUUUGACGUAAAUAAUCUUCAACUCAACGAGUUUUUAAUGUAAUCUGCUCUAUACUUUUCUUUUUAUACUGUAUAUUCAAUUCUGAAUUUCUAGAAGGAAAACCUGUACAAGCAGAGAAUUGAAAGCAUUCAGCCAAUACAGCCAAAAUAUUUGCCUCAGUGUGAAAGAGAGUGUGGGCCAAGAAAACUUGAUGUUGUUCAAAGCAAGAAACAAAAAGCUUUUGGCUUAACACACUCUGUGGCCCGCUGCUUCUACACCUGUAUAUCAGUGCCUGUAAAACAGUUCUGCCACAAGUAUCCAAUUAAAGAAGCUCGCAAAACAGUAUCAGCACUACAUCAGCAUAGGGCAGUAAGGCUUCAAAUUUAAUGCAACGUAUAAUAAUAGAAAUGAUUUCACAUAAUGCAGUCAAAUAAACAAGGAUAGCUAAUAAAUUUUAGAGAGAAGAGGUGACCAGCGGGUCCUACAUUUAAAUUACAACAUAUUUGAAUUAAUAAAAUACACCGUGAAAUAAGGAGAUUUUCAGGACAUCUACAGUCAUUUGCGAGUAUAUAUACUCGUGUUUUUAUGAAGGUCGGACUCAAUCUGUAUGAAACUGGCAGCAAUGAAUCAUGUUUGUUUGUGUUAAAUGGUGGACUGUGCAAGCACCAGAAGUACCAUGAUAGAUGAGCCACUAGCUAAUGGUAAGAUGUUGUAGGAAUAUAGUGUAGUGUGAUUAGUGCUACGUUUCUGCAUGUCGUACUGAAGACUAAUACCAUUACCAGCUUCAAUUUCACCACGGACCAGAACGCAAAGGAUGUAUCAAAUUUCAGAAUUACUGCUCCAUUCAACAGUGUCAGGAGGAGAUGGUCACUUUUUUCAGAGUGAUGCACAGCCUCUCGAUCUCUGUCUCUCUUUUUUAUUGAAGUGGUGCAAAGCAGAAACCAGGACUCAGACCCGAUCUGUGAUUUCAAUAAGUCAUUGCUGAUUUUUUUUUCUUCUUACAGCUUAACUCCCAAAGUUUUCUAAUUCAAGAUACAUUUUAUUGUAUUUUUUGUCUCGAGACUUUAAUGGUCAAGUAAUGUUACUUUGCUCCGUUUAACACUGACUAUAUGUUUGUGUGUUUUCUUCAGAUCCUGAAACAGGAGUGGCCCAAACACUGGCCCACCUUCAUCAGUGACAUCGUGGGGGCGAGUCGUACGAGUGAGAGCCUUUGUCAGAACAACAUGGUGAUCCUGAAGCUGCUCAGCGAGGAGGUCUUUGACUUCUCCAGCGGCCAGAUGACCCAGGUCAAAGCCAAGCAUCUAAAAGACAGGUCAGCAUGCUGCGUCUCUCUCUGGCUCUUUUCAAAGCAACAUAAAACAUCUCAGUGUGUCCGUAUUAGAAAAUGCUGCAGCAUUAUUCCAAUGAUGCAGUGUGGGGAUCCAUAUCAAAACCUCCCUUUGUCAUGUAUUGCAUGUUUGCAACACAUAGUCAGUAUUACAAGUAUUGCACAUAAGUUAACUUUUUAUCAAGUCUUUGAAACAGACAUUCACAGUCUAAGACAGGUCAUGGGAAAUGAAGAUGCUGUAUUUCCCUUGAAUCCUCUGAUUGAUGCCAGCCAAUCUCAAAUGUCUACUGAGUGCAGUAGUGAAAAUGUAGUUACUGUUUAUAGCUGACACAUAGCCAGACCUGAGUGCUUCCACAAAACCACUGUAUUUGACUAAGAGUUGCAUACACUGUUGUGUUUGCCUUCAAUGUGUCACAUGAGCUUGAUGGCUGCAGGUUUGAUUUCCUCGUCAAUCAGAGAUGGUUUUGUGUUUUCAUGUAGAACUUUCCAGCAUUGUGUUUCAAGGCUUGUCCAUGACAUUACAGUUCUGUGGGCUGGACAGUUUCAACAGCUUUCAAUUUUUUCCCUGAUUCAUCAAAAGGCAAACUUUUAAAUAAAUGUAGCAAAACACUAACACUCAUUUUUUCACAUUUAAAGCAAAAAACCUUUAGGUCACAUAUCUGGCAGGGGCACAUUGAAGUGCAAGAGCGUUAUAAAAACAGCUUUUAUUGUUGUCACUGUAUAGACUCACUUUAUUCACAACAGCCAGGACACAUCCUUUCACUACUUUGGUGCUUGUAAAUGGCUGCUUCUUUUUCAAGAACUUCAACAUACAGGGAGAGCUGCUGUGGUUCUCUGUUGGGCUGCACAGGACAGUGCCAUUGUUUUACGUAUAUGUCCAUACGCUGCCGACAAACUCUGUACUUUAAUUUGCCUCUUCUGUGAUCCCUUUGGGAAGUUGGUUGAGAAAGUCAGAUGUUUUUCAUGUAGAGUCGGCAGCAAAACAAACAAAUACUUACCAGUUAAAGCAAAGUUGAACUUUCAGUUUUCUCUGUCCAUUUUCCCACUUAAGUAUGGAUGAUGUCUUUUUUAAGUAAGAAUACUGAGCAUGGUCUGAAUGUUUUGAUCACAAUUACUCUCAUGGACCUCUGCUCUGACUAAUACUUCUCAUGUGCAUCUUUCAUCUGGGACUGGAAAUAAGCAAGAUUGGGGUUUGUUGGGCCACUUGGGAGCUGCCUGUGGGCCAAAUUUAGCCCAGAGAGCAUCAUUAGAAUUGCCCAGCAACAUUGAUAGACUAGAGGGAAGAAAGGGGAUUUUUAAGGAAAUGCCACUAAUUUUAUUUUGAACAGAAAAUGUCAGAAUUACUGUAAAGUCUAGAAUUUUAAUCUCAUGGUUUAUAAAACAGUCUUUUUCAUGGAGUCUAUAAUCUUGCAUGAAGACCUCCAGUGUUCAGUUUCUCUGCCGCUGCGCAGCUCACUCUACCACGGUCUGUGUUCACGUUAGAUGCAUUAUUGAGCUCAGCCUAGAGUUGCACUUAUGACCAAUUCGUAAGGACGUGUAUUGCUCACCUUGACAUUACUCAAUCAAACCAGCACGCCACAAGAUUUUUUUUCACUGAACCUUUACUCGUUUUGAACUCAGCAUAGAUUUCUUCAGUUCCUCAGUCUCUCAGUUCUGGUUUUAUUGAAUUCUUUGCUUUAUUUCUUUGUUGUUUGUUUACUUCACAUUCUCUAUAUCUGGGUUGAACCUUAGGCAUGAAUCCGGAUCUUUGAUAUUUUCAGUUAUUCUGUUUAUUGAAAGCAGUAUAUGCAGCAUUUUGUCGUACAGAAAGUACUUCUCGUAGAACGUCUUGUUGAGUGUCUGAAAAAGAGGAUGAUUAUGGCUUAAUGAAAAAACUGUUGAAAAAGCUUGUACCCAGCAUGCUUUUCAAAGCUAAAUGGCCAUUCUGUUAAGCUCCAUCAUGAAGAUAAUGUACUGCAACACUAGCUUAAAAAAAAAAAAAACUCUCCUGCAUUUUAUACUUUUAUAUUGGUGGCACUGAUAUGAAGGACGCAGCUCACUUUUAAGAUGGCAAAAAGAGAGUAUUUGUUGGGGUCUACACUGAAUUUUAUGGUGGUAAUAUCCCUGUGAUCAUUUGUUACACUCCUCUUUAGCAUAAAUUACCAAGUUGAAAAUGUGAUAAUGAUUCUAUCUGUGUGAUCUCUUUAUAAGCGAUUUAAAAGCAUUACAAACAAGUAGAUCUCCAAGAUGUCGAUGUGUGUUUCUGUAUAUAAUCGAGAGAUAAAUAAUCUGUUUUUCUUUUUUUCCAGCAUGUGCAAUGAGUUCUCACAGAUAUUUCAGCUCUGCCAGUUUGUUAUGGUAAGCAAAUACUCCUCCUUCUUUCCAGUACAGUAUUACAAUCAUUAGUUUGAUGGUGAGGCUCCAGGGUUACGCACCACCUGUUUACCUUUUGAUAAAUUGAACCUUCAGGAAAAUUCCCAGAAUGCCCCUUUGGUCCAUGCCACCCUGGAGACCCUUCUACGUUUCCUAAACUGGAUCCCUCUCGGUUACAUCUUUGAAACCAAACUGAUCAGCACAUUGGUGUAUAAGGUGUGUACGCAGUGACGAGUAUCGAGUUGAAUGUACCGGAUCAAGUGUUUUCAAAACAAAUCCUCUCUCAUGGGUUUGGAGGCGUUUGCCAAGCGAGAUUAAAAUUCCUCGAAAUAAUUGCUGCUUUUACUCGGACAAGUUGUUAACAAAACCAAACAUCUGUUUUGUUUUCAGUUCUUGAACGUGCCCAUGUUUCGCAACGUGACACUGAAGUGCCUCACAGAGAUUGCAGGUGUGAGUGUCAGCCAGUAUGAGGAGCAGUUUGUCACACUCUUCACCCUGACAAUGUGUCAACUUAAGCAGGUGGGCCCUCAGAAAACAAUGCUCAUGCUCACUUUUCUUGUUGUAAAGACACUGAUUCUAAUUUCUAUUUGGUCCACGUCUGUUGCAGAUGUUGCCCCUGAACACCAACAUUCGGCUGGCCUACGCCAACGGGAAGGACGACGAGCAGAACUUUAUCCAGAACCUCAGUCUGUUCCUCUGUACGUUCCUAAAAGAGCACGGGCAGCUCAUUGAGAAGCGGCUCAACCUCAGAGAGACACUCAUGGAGGUAGGAACUCAGUGUAGCGUGUUAGAGAUUUUCUAGACAGCUGAACAAGAGAAAAGGUUGGACCAAUGUUGCUGAAAUCAUUUAUUAAUCCUCCAACACUAUGUGGAAAGGUGCACCCAUUACCUGAUGGUGCUUGCUCUCCUCUCAGGCCCUCCACUACAUGCUGCUGGUAUCAGAAGUGGAAGAGACUGAGAUCUUUAAAAUCUGUCUGGAGUAUUGGAACCACUUGGCUGCCGAGCUCUACAGAGAGAGUCCCUUCUCUACAUCCACGUCCCCUCUGCUCUCUGGAAACCAGCACUUUGACGUACCGCCUCGCAGACAGCUCUACCUGCCUGUUCUCUCAAAGGUAACAGCCUCUCACAUUCAAUUAGUACAAAUGAUUAUAUAAUAAUGUUUUUCUUUAUGUGUCUAAACCAGCAUGUUACAUUGGUUUUAGUUAAAUGAGAUAUUUUUUAUACCAUAACCAAAUGUUUUGACCCCACACCCCAAAAUAAAACUACUGCGCUGUUUUUCUAAAAGUAGAGUGCAAUCGCUGCGUGUUUUGGAGUCAAAGGUUGAAUAAGCUGUUUUUGGUUUUAGGAUUAUUUAUUGAAGAGACACAUUUACAGACUGUGAGAGGAGAGAGUCAAGUCUCAUGGAUGUGUGUUGUUGCUAAGAGGACGCUCGAUUCAUGAAGACUGCAAAGUUUUUAUUCCUAAUGUUACUGCACUUUUCUGAAAAAUAAUUAAUGUGAAAGGCCAACAGCAGAUGAGCUGACACUGUCAGUGAUUCAAAGUGACAGUCACAGCUUUUAAGGAGCGCAUGCAUGGCCAUCACGGUUUCAUCAUUGGUCAUUAUUGUCUGGAUAUUUCUGUUGAGCACCAGUUCAACUUUCUUCUGUUUAUUCCACAUUAAGCAGAUAAGCUAGAGUAUGAGUAUAGCCGAGAAUGAAACUGACCUGUUAUACUGAAUGUUGUUCCUCAUGUUUUGUUCCACUUCAUUAACAAACAUGGGGGAAGCAAUGUAUUUGAAACACCUUUCAAUAUAACGGACUCAAGUAAACCACAGACACCUGAAAGUAGAGCUCAUGGUCGAGCUGUUGUAAUGGGCGGCAUUAGUUUCCCUUGGUCACGAUGAUAUGGCUGGUCAAGAGGACAAGUGCAGGAUUGUUUCUGUUUAUGUAACCUGGAGGGCCUUCACACAUGGCCAUACUCGAGUCAGUUGGCAGUGGUCAACAACAGGUGGCUGCUAAACUGCUGCCAGAACAGGAACUAGUUACAGCUUUACUGGAAAUCAGCAGCUAGUGAAACAAAAUAGCAUCCAGUUGUUUUAUUUCUUUGAUGAAACCAUAUCUGCGGGUAUGUGGGGACAGACGCCUUAUUGUAAAAUAAUCUUUAUGCCUGCUCAGGUUGCAUGUUGCAAUGUGUGUGUUUAUUAUGUGUGAUAGUCUCAAGCUGUUCUUGGAUGUGUAGACGCACUGACGGGGUUUUUAUCUCUCACAACAGGUGCGUCUGUUGAUGGUGAGUCGUAUGGCCAAGCCGGAGGAGGUGCUGGUGGUAGAGAAUGACCAGGGAGAGGUGGUGAGGGAGUUCAUGAAGGACACAGACUCUAUAAACCUCUACAAAAACAUGAGGGAAACCCUGGGUAAGAGUUUGGAGCAGCAGAGGGCACACCCAGCAGGAUUAUGUCUUUUCAUCUUUUACUUAGUCUUUGCCCUUCACCUACAAAAGACAGCGUUUCAGUAAAUAUGACCAAAUAAAGUUAAAUAGUUUUUUUUCUUUUGUCAUUUCUAUAUUUAAAAAAAAAAGAAACAAUGCCACUGGUAACCCUGCUUACUCACAUCAGUUAACAUACCCAUGUCUUUCGCUUACAGCUUUUCGGUUGACCAUACAUCAUGUAAACCAACUGUUUGUGCUGUGUUUCCCUGCAGUGUACCUGACUCACUUGGACUACGCAGACACAGAACGCAUCAUGACAGAGAAGCUCCAUAACCAGGUGAACGGCACCGAGUGGUCCUGGAAGAACCUCAACACGCUGUGCUGGGCCAUUGGAUCCAUCAGUGGGGCGAUGCACGAGGAGGAUGAGAAGAGGUUUCUGGUCACUGUCAUCAAGGUACAAGGUUGCAUUACUUAAAUUCAAACACAACAAAGAGCUGUCAAACUACUAAGGGCUGCGACUAUGUAAAAACCCAGUUUUUAAGGACAUUACUCAUACAACGUCUUCUCUUAGAAUAGUCUCCGAUCCCCUCAGACAAAGACUUGUGGUAAAUGUUGUUGGCCUUGUUGUGGUUUGAAAACUCAGAGACAAAGGCCUUUGUUAUUGUAGAAACUCAAACAUUGAUUUGUCACACCCUAUUACAGGACCCCUUUCCAAAACAAAAUAACCCACAUCAGCCUUUCUUUUUCAGUACUCACCUCAGUCAAUAUGUCAGAAAUCAUUUCAGUUUUCAAACGGCCUAUGCUGUUCAUUUUAAAACUAAAAAAGUAGACAUUUGGACAUGUUUGGAGUUUUAAAGUAGUUCCAAACUUCUAUCUCGUAUGUAGCUGUGGGUAGUGGCCACGGAUUACUUAUCUGAUGUGAAAAUCUUUGUUUAUCUCAGGAUCUGCUGGGUCUGUGUGAGCAGAAGAGAGGGAAAGACAACAAGGCCAUCAUCGCCUCCAACAUCAUGUAUAUUGUCGGCCAAUAUCCUCGCUUCCUCAGAGCUCAUUGGAAGUUCCUCAAAACUGUAGUCAACAAACUCUUCGAGUUCAUGCACGGUAAGAUAGGAUGAUAUUUUUCUUUACCUUUAUACAGCCUUCCAUGAGUAAACUGCUUUCAAAUGACUGAAAGCUUGUUACUAUUUGUAUAACUUAGUAUCAUCCUCCAUGUACCUCUUUCCUCAGAGACCCACGACGGUGUUCAGGACAUGGCUUGUGACACCUUCAUCAAAAUUGCCCAGAAGUGCCGGCGCCACUUCAUCCAGGUUCAGGUUGGAGAAGUGAUGCCCUUCAUAGACGAAAUCCUAAAUAAUAUCAACACCAUCAUCUGUGACCUACAACCUCAGCAGGUCAGCUAAAAGAUUGCAUUUGACAUUUUCCAACAUCUCAGCAAAGACAAUAAUUCCUCAAACGGACACUGGCAGUAAUUUCAUACUGACAUUUUCCCCGUUUGGUCGCAGGUGCACACGUUUUAUGAAGCAGUAGGUUAUAUGAUCGGAGCUCAGACAGAUCAGGCUGUCCAGGAACACCUGAUAGAAAAGUACAUGCUACUUCCCAACCAGGUGUGGGACAGCAUCAUCCAGCAGGCCACCAAGGUAAGAGACAAGCUCAGGGACACAAACACCAGUCAAAAGUAUGGAAACAGUGUCUUCACCUUUAACCCUCUUCUUCCUCAGAAUGUGGACAUCUUGAAGGACCCAGAGACUGUGAAACAGUUGGGCAGCAUCCUGAAGACAAACGUCAGGGCCUGUAAAGCAGUGGGACAUCCCUUUGUCAUCCAGCUGGGACGGAUUUACCUCGACAUGCUCAACGUCUACAAGUGCCUCAGCGAGAACAUCUCUGCUGCCAUUCAGACAAACGGUACGUCGAACGGUUUUAAAUCUUCAAAUACAUUCGAGAAGUGGAACCCAACAAGCUUUUCCUAUUACCACAAAAGUUUUCAUCCUGAAAUGUUAAGUCAAGGUUUUAAAAACAGUGGAGUGAGAAAAAGACAUUUCAAGUCCACUACUCUCUAACAUGCAACUGUUGUCUCUAUGUAAAACGCAUCCAAACUUCUUUAAAGUUCCUUAUGGAGUGUCUAUUUUUCUUGUCUCUGUGAUUGUCAGUAUAUUCUAAAAUCUUGCAGAACUCCACAAUAUACAUCAUAAUGGUAUAUAUACUGUAGAUAAUUAUCACAGAAAUGAUCGUGGUUGUUUUGCCAUAUUGCAGCAUCUUGUAGAGACCCUUUCAUGUCUGCAUGUCUGCAGGAAAAUAACUAGAAGCACCUAAUUUCCAGUGCUUUGAAUAACUAAAUAGUUGAUUUUUAACCAGAUGUGUUUGCUUUUUUAUGUUGCGCUUCGCAUUUUUGAAAGACUUGUUGUUUGACAGAUCUGUAAGCUGCAGAGAUUGUGUUGUUUUAUUGUUUGUUAGGCAUGCAGUCCUCAGUGUGCUGCCAGGUUUGAAGAUAAUCUGAAUGUCUUUAUUUUCAGGCGUCAAUACUAUGUACGCAGAGUUCAGCCACAAAAUGUCAAGCUCUUUCUGGGGCUUUUUUUAUUGGGUUGACUCGUAUUUUUAAAGCAUCUAAAAUUUGUCCUUGUCUGCAGGAGGAUCGCUGUAUUCGUUUUCCCUUUUAUUUGUGGGCCAUAAAGACUGUGUUUUUUUUCUCUAUGCUCCUGUUUUCGGUGACUCAUCUCUGAGUCUUAGCUUAAACGAGAGCAGAGGUGCCGUAUGAGGUCUGUCAGUAGCAAUCAAAUAUCAAGGACUUUUCUGCUCACAUCGGCAGCUGAUUUAGAGAAGGGAGGAACUGCUGAUCCAUGUAGCAAGAACUAAUUCUGAUUUAAAGAUAAACAAAACUCUUUGGUUGAUGAUGCAUGUGAUUUCUUUUUAUUGCCAGAUUAUGACAGAUGAAAAAAAAAUGUAAUUAGGCACAGUGCAGAGCAAAUGUCUUUUUAAAGAUAAGAAAAAACAUAUAAUGUUAGUGGUAAUGGACUCAGGCUCACCACACCUUGUUAUCCUUUUCUGUAAAGUCAUAUGUAAAAAAUGUCCCUGAAUGAUACAUCAGCUGCAGUGCUGUGCAAAUUAUUCAGAGAUAAAGUUCAAGUUAGUAUCGCAGUAAAAACCGUAAGACAGCCUCAAUAUAUGGCAUUAUUAUAAACCAUGCACACAGAGACAUCAUCACUACAAAACGUAGCUAUGAAAAGCAGGACUAAAGUUUUUUUCCCCUUUCUUUGUGUUGCAGGUGAGAUGGUGACCAAACAGCCCCUGAUCCGAAGUAUGAGAACAGUGAAACGGGAGACACUGAAACUGAUCUCAGGCUGGGUCAGCAGAUCAAACGACCCGCAGAUGGUGAGGCUCUGAAAUCAUCUGAAUUGUGAAAUCAACUGCUGUGUGACUUCUUGGGAAGGGAAUAUCUGAAGUUAUCUGGAUAUCAGCUCAAAAUUCUCAGAGAGAACAUUUAUUUUGGGGUUUGAUAGAUUUAGGCCAGUUUGGAGGCUUGUCUAGAUCCAAAUAGUUUGUCUUACUAAUCUUGUACUGUAGUCUUGGCACCGCAGCAAUUAUAGGAAAGUUCGUAAACACACUCCUCUGUCUGUGCCCUCCGAUGACUUUUUAAGAUAAGCCUUUUUCACUUAACUCCCCACAAUCAGGUCUAAAAAUAUGCCAGACUCGCCCUUUCACACAUGUCACACUCAGCAGGAGUUUUGUCAGUGUGAUACACGUUCUGUAUGACCUGAAAACAGAUUUUUACUUUGGACGGUUAGUGACUCCUGGUUAAGGUGUGCAGGAGAAGGACACUUGUGCGUUUGCAUUGAAAGCACUGCAGUGUUUUCUUGUGGAACAGAUACAAUCAACCAACAAAACUAUAAUGUUGGCUUCAGGGUAAAGAAAAACAACAAAAAAUCACAAUUAUUUGAAGAGUUUGGGUAAUCCAGUGUAUGCUCAAGGUUUAGAGUGGAGAUUGCUUCAUGAAACUGUUUAACGUGUUUUUUUUUUUGUUUUUUUUUGUUUGCCUUUCUAACUGCUAGUUUACUUCUUAAAAAUAUGCUUUUAUUCUGAAAGGACACAAAGGUAUAUCAGCCACAUCCCUAAGUUACAGACAUGCAUCACUCAUGACACACACACAUACACACAAGGACCAGAGGAAGGAAGAUUCUCAAGUAGUUAGUAGAGUGUCACAAUACUAGUGAAAGGGGUGGACCAAAUUAUUGUGCCAGCCAUGACACCAAGUGAUUGGCAAGGUAUCACACAGCUAUGUGACACAACUGUGCUAUAAGAGGAACUGGUUUACUCCUGUACAUGAUGUCGAACAUUAUAGUUUAAUUAAGCAUUUGCUAUAAAGAGCCGAUCAAGGUCUUGAGUUGGAGAUUCUCAGUUUUAUUUCCUUUUCAUAUCGGCCCGGAAUAUCUGUUAUUGGUCUGAUGAAUCACUAAUAAUCAGUAUUGGCAUUGGUCCUAAAAAAACAAUAUUGUUGGCCUCUAACCAGAAUUUGAACUUUUAAAUGAUGUGAGUUACUAUGUUACCAUUUAUACCACUGAAACAGAAAAAGAAGUACUGGGAACCCAAAAUGCAUUUUGUUUAUAUUCAGUGUUUUUGAUUUACAAGCUGUACACAGUGCUGGUACAGAUACAUUCACAGACCAACAUUUGUUUAUUAAUAUUGAAUGAAAAAUAAGGUGAUUUGUCCUGAAAAUGAUUGGAAACAUACUUUUUGAAGAAGUGUGUGGUGGUGUCUGUAUCUGCACAGAGUGUGCUCUUUCUCUCAGUUUUCUAAUUAUUUCCCCAAUUAGGUCAUUUUAUGAGAAUCAGUCAGUAUGCAGCGCUGAGAAGCUCUCUCAGGACUAUUAAAAGCAUAAAGGGACUUGGUGACAUCUCUUUUCUGCCCAGAGUCUGUCUGAUACAGGCAUAAAUGUAACCAGUGCAUUUCAGGAGACACAGUCAGUAUUUGCCAACUUGUGGAUGAACAGGUGUAGUCUCUGUGAUGGAGGGCAGGGCAGGCAGGAAAAGACGUUACUGUAGAAGCAGUUAAAAAUCCAGCACUGUCUUUCAUGUUUUUUUCAGGGUGUGGAUUUUUUAAAAAUGUUCUCCUUCUCUGUACUUGUGGCAACUUGAGGUGAAUAAUAUGAAUUGAGAUAUUUUUGUUCUUUUCUCAUAAACUUUGGUGCUUUUCAAUCAGUUCAACAGAAAAAUAAUGGCUAUGAUGAUGUUGUAAAACACGUUACAUCAAAAAGUAUCAGAACAUUUGACAACCUCACAAGUUAAUCGAUGGCAGAUGGCAACAUUUGAUGAAUCAACGAAAGGGCUGAAGUUGCCUGUGAACAGACCUUUGCAGGCUAACCAGGCAUUGUCUCUGUGUGGGAAACACUGGUGGAGUAUCCUCAAAUAUAAAACCCUCACCUGCUGCGUCUAAGUCUGUGUGCCUCUACUUAGCUUUACAUGGCAUGUCAAAGGCAGAUAACUCCCUCUUCUGUUCAAACAGGAUAUUGCAAGUCAUUUUCUUCACACUGAUUAGAGUCAACCCUUUUCUGUACAGGUUUCCAGCUGUCUCAUGAGCUACUGUAACAUUUUCAACAUGACAUGGAAAGACUUAUUUGCAAAUCAAUUGCAGAAGUGGAAAACAGCAACUGAGGCUGUUCUUUCACAUAAGAAAGUCUUUACUUUCAGUGAAACCAAAAACACAGGCGGGUGUCACACAGUUAAAUGAUCUCAUGCUGCCUCUUUUUUCCUGCUCUGAGUUUGUCGGGCUGAAUUAUUCAUAUGUUUACACCCCUGACUACAUACUCGCAAAGUAAAGAGCUGUGAGUGUCCUCAGAGGAUCCUGUUAACCAUGACAAUCAAUGAAACAGUCGACGGUAAAAAAGAGGAAAAACUAAUCUGGCUGGUAUUUUUAGAUCAAACACAAAGAUUUCUGCCCUCAGCGAUGUUUUUAUCUUCAGAGCGAUAAAUAUUCAUAGUGUGUCACAGUUUGUAGACAUGCAGAAAUUUGACUAAACCUGUCUUGUAUUUUACCUGUCGGAAAAAAAGCCUACUUAAGUGUCUUAAAAGGGUGGCCACUCCUUCCUGAUGUCCCCGAGUUUGUCCCUUCUUGUUUUUUAAUUAUUUUAUUUCUUUAUUUUCAGGUAGGAGAGAACUUUGUUCCACCGUUGUUGGACGCCGUCCUCAUCGACUACCAGCGCAACGUCCCUGCUGCCCGUGAGCCAGAGGUGCUCAGUACCAUGGCAACCAUCGUCAACAAGCUGGGGGGACACAUCACCAGUGAGAUACCUCAGAUCUUUGACGCUGUCUUCGAAUGCACCCUUAACAUGAUCAAUAAGGUGAGGCAUCCUUCGUUUUCAAUCCGACAAAUACCGUUAAGAAAACAAACACACACACAGUUUGAAUUGUUGUAUUUUCUGUGGGUAAUGUUAUUUAUACCUUUUCUAAACUGGUGUUGCAGACAGUGACCUUACUAUGUCUGAUUCUGAUUUUUAGUGAUGACUUAAAAUAAAAAUGAGUCCAAUUUACUUUGAUGAAAAUCCAAACACAGACAAUCGAGGGAACAUAAUGUCUCUUACCAUGAUGCAUUCAGGGUAAUCUGAAAAUCACAGUUCUGCGCUGACUGAGUCUGCACAUGCACUUCAUCCAAAUGAGUCAAAAACCUUAAUAAGCUUUCUACAAACUUUUCAUUACAGUCUAUUUAUUUAGGUUUCACACCAAUAAGGUAAAGAGUGUAGACAUGUGAAUAUUUAGCCAUAAUGAAUGGUUAUAGAUUAAACCGCGUCUUUGCUCUCCACUCAUGUUUAUGAAGCAACAGUGGCCUUCAAGGACAAAACUAACCUGUGAUGCAUGAGAAGUUAAAUCUCACAUUUGUCAAGCUUUAACUCUUAAAAAACUUCUGUCAGAACAAAUUGUUGUGUGUACUAUAACAACCAUCAUCAUCUUCUUCCUCGUCUCAAAACCAAAUGCCUACGUUUCUAUUCUGUUCUGUGCUGCUGUAGAGAUAUUGCGGUGCAAGAUGGUGGCCUCUGUGGAAGUGGACCUGCUCCUUAGUAGAAAUAUGUGGCUCAUUCCAAGUCAACAAAAACAGAACGUUUUUUAAAUUCAGUUGAUUAUUCGCUGACGUGAACAUACUUGAGGAUAUUUUAUUCCGUUUCUACCACGUCUGUCCUGCUCAAUGCUGCUAAGGAUGACUCACUGUACUUUCAACCUGGUAUGAACCUUUCCUUUCCUUAAGGACCUCAUCUCUCACUGCUCAUGUUUCUAAAGUAGCUUCUGUACAAACGGAGUUAAAAAAAGAAUCUUAUUGACAGUUUUUACGUGAUAACUUCUUUGCUACUUUCCUGUGAAUGCCAUCUGGCUUUGUCCUUGUUUUAAAGGCUUGAACUUUCUUCUUUUGUAAAGCAUGUAAUCCAUGCAUCACAGCCAAUCUUUUUUCAGGCUGUUGCUUAUCAAUGGAGAUAGCUCCAGAUUCAACAGACAUAGAUAUCCAUCUUCAGGGAACUGAUAAAACAUGUGACAUGACCAAGACAUACUGCUGGUUGUGCUGAAAGACAGUCCUCGAGGAAGACGGAUGCAUGAUACUUUGUUACUCUUGCCUGUUGCAAACUGCUGUCGAACUGAUGCAUGUUACAUGAGAGGGUAUUCAAUCAUUUUAAAGAUGGCAUCAGAUGAAAUUAAGAAAAGUGAUGCACACAUAAAAGCAGCCAGUGGUUUUCAGCAGUGUGUAACUCGUGGCAUCUUAAUGGUCUUUGUAAUCUGUAAAUUACUUUUAUAGCACUUUUUUAUGUAGUCUGUGCAGCGGUUUUGUACAAGAGCAGGAGUGAGUGUCUCCAAAUAGUUCAACCACUCUUGAGGGUUUGAAUUGCUCGAAGGCUUUCCUUACCUCAUAUUGACUUGUGAAUUUUCAAUUCCCCUUAAAUCUGAAGUGCAGAUGAGUGAUCUUUGCAAGACUGCCCCUGAAAAACUAUGCAGAAGAAAAAUAUAGGUUACAGGCUGAAAAAAAGUAGGUCAGUGCUCGUUCCACUAAAGUUAUGGAGCAACUAGUUUGAACCUGCAAACAGCAUGUAAACAUUUUUACCCUCUUUUUGUGUUUAGAGAUUGUACAGGCACUCAAGAGUGUAAACAUAGUAUUUUCAGGGACGGUUAAAGCCUUCAGGGGAUCAGCUGCCUGUUUGGUUACUUAAGUUUUAAACCCAUCAAUAAACAUAUAAAACUUUGUAUAAAUGUGCUUGGUAUAGUAAAUAGACAAAUCUAGUCCUCUGUUUCUUUGAUGUCACCUGACAGACAAAACCCAGGGCAUACAAAGGCUAAAACUCACUACUCUCACUUCUCACUGCUGCUUGAUAAACUCAUUGCUUUGGAGCAGGAACACUGCGAAAGGAAACAGCAGUUAUGUUUACCGUGUCAGCUGUACUAUGAGGGGAAAAAGGUCAAAGUGAAAAAGUGACGCUGAAAAAGAAGACGGUAAAACACAGGGGCAGAAUUUCAAACAUUGAAAAUAUUCUGUAAACACAGCACAGGCUGGAAGAGCUUUUGAAUAAUGUAAAGUCAGUAAAAUUAUUCAACAAGCUUUUCUCUCUUUGCUAGAACUUUGAGGAGUAUCCCGAGCACAGGACUCACUUCUUCUACCUACUCCAAGCUGUGAACUCUCACUGCUUCCCUGCAUUCCUCGCCAUCCCCCCUGCACAGUUCAAACUGGUGCUGGACUCCAUCAUCUGGGCCUUCAAACACACUAUGAGGAACGUGGCAGAUACUGGUAAGUCUGCUCACAAACACACACACACAAACACACUCUCCUACAUAUUUUACUGGUAAAAAUGAGCAACAAAGCCUGAAGCGCGAAUACUAGAUGUUGUAAAAGAAUCUGUGUGCCAUGUAUCAUCCUGUCACAUGAGCAUUUUCAUCUUCAAACAGCAACAACACUUUUGUGAAAAAGGCAGAAAUGCGACACCACAGGAGCACAGUGACACUUAAGCUCAGCUCUCGCUCAUAUUAACUCAUCAGGGGAUGCUUCUGGUCCCACACUGAUGAGCAGGUAGACUUUCAGUUUGUAGGAACAGUUUGUGAACAGAUCAUAGCCAAACAAUCUAGGACCUUGGACUUUCUUUAUGCUUUACCGAAACAAAACAAGACCUAACGUUGGACCACUAGACUCAGGAAAGACGUGGAAUUUAUAGAAAAAGGAAUAUAGAAGUUAUUGACCAGUAGAGGAUCUAAGGAAAACUUUGUAUCGUCACCAGGGUGCUGCGACGUCGACAUCUGUGUGAAGUGACGGUUAUUUCACAGUAAAAGUUUAGAAAGUGCUGUUGCUAAAGAUGCCUGUCAUAGACUGUAUAUACUACGGACAACUUGGUUCCGCCUCCCCAGAGUAUCCCCUGGGUGAGCUACGCAAUAUUCGUACGCCCAUAGGCUGUAUCAAGUGUCAAUCAUAGAAAACAUGAACCUCCUAGUAACUUUUAAAAACGGAGCUGCACAGAAAAACGCUGUCCAUUCUGUAUACAGUCUAUGAUGCCUAUCCAAUCUUUAAAGGCUGUUUUCUACAUACUGCCUUGUAACUUUUUUGCCAAAGGGGCUGGGGUAAUUUAUUAAAGGCAAAAAGAAACAGAGUAGGAUGAUUUGCAUAAUCCUGAAACCAACAUGCAAUAAACAUGGCAAAAAAAAACAAAAAACUAUGAAAUGCCAUCUGUCAUAAUUGCUUGUUUACAUCUGGGUAGUAGAGCAUUAUAGCAUUAUGACAGUAGCUAGUAACUGAAGCUACAGUGCCGGCUAUUGGCUGGAAGCUGCAUUACAUCUACUCCACAACAUGACCAGCAUUCCAGGUCUACAACACCAAAAAAAAACAUGAAUUAGUCCAGUAGUCUUUCUGAUUACAAUGACCCAGAACUGUUACGUGACAUUCCUAUUAACUGAAGAAUCACAGGGGUCCCUCCUUUUUGAAAGAAACGGCCUGUUUGUAUUUUUUUAUGUGUCAUUUGUUAAGCAGUAGCUUUUAAACAAACAAUAAUCCUUUCUAUCUCAAACAGGACUCAAAAAGAUCUUUUUUUAAAUCCCUAAAACAUCCAUAAUUGUCUUUGGGACAACAACACAAUCAGUCUGACACCUGAAGAAAAAUGUGCAGGAAGCUGAGUCUGUUUCUGCUCGUCCAGGUCUGCAGAUUCUCUACACGAUGCUGCAGAACGUGGCCCAGGAGGAAGCAGCCGCUCAGAGUUUCUACCAGACGUACUUCUGUGAUAUCCUACAACACAUCUUCUCUGUCGUCACUGACACGUCACACACUGCAGGUGAGUACACACACUUACACACUAAUGAGAUGGAUAUAAAUUCACAGAGGAUAAAAGAAAGAGCAGGUUUCUGUAAUAAAAUUUUGUUUUUCAUUGUGUGUCCUUCAGGCCUGACGAUGCACGCGUCCAUCCUGGCCUACAUGUUCAACCUGGUGGAGGAAGGAAAGAUCACCACAGUGCUGAACCCCAGCAGCCCCACCAACAACCAGGUGUUCAUCCAGGAGUAUGUGGCCAACCUGCUAAAGACGGCCUUCCCUCACCUACAAGAGUGAGUCUCUACACUCUAACACACACACACAUACACAGUUGUGCUGUUGUAAAAAUACACACUCUUAACCGGUUUCCCUGUGGUUUUGUGUGUGUCAGUGCUCAGGUGAAGGUGUUUGUGACCGGGUUGUUCAGCUUAAACCAGGACAUUCCUGCUUUCAAGGAGCACCUGAGGGACUUCCUGGUCCAGAUUAAGGUGAGGUUAAAGAAGUUUACAAUGCAAACUUACUCAUUUUACAAUUCACUGCCAGCACAGGAUUUUGGGCUUUUUUCAGUGCUGUUGUACUUCUGUGAUGUGAAACAUAAAAGACACAAUAAGCACCAUUUGAUUCGAGUCUCAAUUGAAAGAGAAAUUCUAGCAUCAUGAAAGUAAGUCCCUUUUUGGGGUCAGAAACUUUAUUUUUUUCGAUUCAACAUAAAAUAAAAACAGAACCAGGCCCUCCACAAAAAACGAGAUCAAGCUGUGACUACCUUUGACUGUACAACUCCCUCGUGGAGUGAUCUCAUGGCUGUCAUCUUUUGAUAAAAUAUAUUAUUUAAAAGGUUCAGCCCUGUGUUAUCCUUUCCAUAAUGUUUUUAGACACUGGGAAAAACUAACCAAGCCUGUUGGUGAAGCAUUUGUAACAGGUUUGUUUAGUAGGGCUUGUUUUCACCAACAAAUAAGUAAAGGUAGGUCUUAGUUUAAAAAAAGAAGAAAGAAAAAAAAACAUCAGAAUUUCCCUUUAUUGUAAUGAAUUGGAGUCCCUCUCUGUGUGUUUGUUUGCUGUUAAGCUGAACUACAGCGGACAAAGCCCCCUGCAGCUCCAGCUCUGCUGUUUGUUGUCUGUGCAGUCGAGCUUUGUCUCUUCACCCAGAGCUUAUCAGGCUCUGCAUAGUUAGCUGCUUAGCUGAUGUUUCCAGAAAUAACAUUUUCCUGCACGGCCAGGUUGUCCUUCUAAGUAUAUGGAAGGUUUGCCGACGCUCUGCCAGCCUAUUGUUGUUGUAAAGCUGCACCUGAUAGCAACACAAUGACGACUUUCUCAGUGUUUUCUGGGCUACUGAUUGAGCCACUUUUCACCUGUCAGUCUGUUGGCGCUUCAUUUAUGGACUUAACUCUUAAAAAUAGCACACUGUGUUUAAAGUCAGGUGGAGGCCAGACUGGAUUACUGUGUCAGCAGAUUUGAUGUUCGGGUCGGUUUUGUAUUUUGAUUGUUUAGACCUGUUCACUCCUUCUAAUAAUGGUACGAAUCAUUUAAUGAUUUUUUUUUUUUGUCUUGGUUUGUUGUGGAUGUAAUGAACACAGAGUAACAGCAUCACUGUUAAAGCAGCAGUAUUUGAUGAAAUCAGGAUAAUGAUAUCACCAUACACAAAGAUCAAAGUAAACAUAGAGCAGAACAGCUCUCUCUCUCUCUCUCUCUCUCUCUCUCUCUCUCUCUCUCUGUGCAGACUGCCUGCAGGCAUUUAUGGUAGCAUGCUGUAUCUGUCACUCUGACACUUUCCUUUAACUCGUCAUUUUGCUACGAUGUAGGACGAUUUGUCUGAGUAAAUAUAUUGAUGAAAUUCUGGAAAAGACAUAUAUUUAUAGAGAUAUAUUUACUAUAGUGUGAAGAGUUACAAAUAGGCUAUGAAAAUGAAAACGCUGAAAUCCUGUGGUGCAUAAUACUACUCUGCUCUGUGCUUUGUCUAUUUUCCUCAUUUUUAUGCUUUGCCAGUCACAUCUCUGAUGAAUAUGUGCAAUAAACACUUUGUCACUGACAUGUGCCAGAUGUCCCCCUGAAUGUAGCGGCAAAAAUAGUAUGUGUGUCAUUCAGCUGACAUGAAAAACACUUUUUGAACAUUUCCAUCCAUGCUUGCAUUCAUUAGUCGCACAGUUUUGUUGUCAGCUGAAGUUGUAGAUGCUGCUGCUGGCGGUCGAUGAAUACUAAAUUUGGACAGUCCUCUUUUAUUGUGUUGGAGCACCGUGCCAGCUCACCCAAAUGGAGCAGACCCAGAGCCAAAUUAGCGGACCGAGGUUUGCAACAAGGAUGGUAGUAGAAAGAGAUGACAGGAUAUGUAGAGAUUAAGACUCAGAGCAGAAAAAGAACAAAACUUCUACAGUUUGUAAUCACUUCUAAAAUCGAAAAUAUUCCUCAUUUUUCAAAAGGGAACACCAAAAUGUGCAAAAGAUACUUCCCUUUUUGUGAUGUUUUGGCUUUUAUUGAGUUAAAGGAGAAGUGUAUUUUAGUUGUAAAGUCAGGAUAAGUGGAUGAAUGGAGAUGUAUUCUGAGAGCUAACCUCGUGCGUUUCCUUGUCGCAGGAGUUUGCAGGCGAGGACACCUCUGACUUGUUCCUGGAGGAGAGGGAAGCAUCGCUACGUCAGGCCCAGGAAGAAAAACACAAGAUCCAGAUGUCAGUGCCGGGCAUCCUCAAUCCUCACGAGAUCCCUGAGGAGAUGUGUGACUGAGCCCGGACUCCACCACACUGUACAGUACUCCAAACAAACAAAAACAAACAGAUAAUAGACCCUAACCACAGCAAACACAACAAAAACCCAAGAGAGAGGCACUUGAGUGUGGCGGGAGGCUGCUCACCCUCUGCAGGGCGGACCAUCCCAUCCCAAGUUUGUUGACCAAAAUGAUGCCAACAAUAUGUAAAUGAUUACCGCGUCACCCUGUGGCCCUUUUUACAUAAUCUGCGUUUUCUAUGGAGACUUUUUGUGUAAUCUUUCCAGAACUGUUAAUCUUCUGUUUCGUUGGUCUCUGGUCCAUCCUAAGACCUGCAUGAUGAGGUUGUAACGAUUAGAGGGACUAAACCAUCUCGUUUUUGUUCUGUUCCCUCCACCCUCCAUCCCCCCCCUCCCUCGCCCUCAUGUAUUUGUUUAUAUAUAAAUAUAUUAUAUAUACAGUCCGAGCAGGGUGUGUGUCUAGUCGGCAUAGAAGCUUCUAGACCUGUGGUUUGACACAUGGAAAGCGGUCUUUGAGAUGCUCACGCGCCGCUUGUCUGUUGUGAGAAUGUGAAUCUAAUGGAUAAUGAAUGAAGGUCGAGAGAUGCUGCGUGGCUUUUCAGCAUCUGUUCUGCUUCACCUUAAAAAAGUGUUUGGCUGCUGCCUGCAGGAGGUUUUUUUAGGGAAAGCAAAAGCAAAUAUGUGCAUAUCAUCCCAAUUGUAUAGCAUCUUUAAUACCAUGGGAACAUUUUAUCCUUUUAUUCUAUUGUUUCUUUUUUUUUGUUGUGGGUGUGUGUGCGUGUGUGCUGUCGCCUAGUCGACAUCAGCGUUUUGUUUUCCUCUAAGAGGAUUGUUGCUCAUUUGUGAGCCUUCAUUAAUGGGAUGUUUUAAGGAAGUGGAGGAGGUAUUUAUGGGUUCUUAGUUGGUUGCAUCUUUAUAACAACUCCUGUUUAACUCAGAUGGCUUUGAAGAUUUUUGAAAUGUACUAAUUUAGAUUGUUUACCAUGCAGUAGUGUGCGUCAAGAGACACUACCUUUAGAGCAAAAUGACAAAAUAAAACUGGGUUUACAUUUAAUUUUUGUAUUUUUGCAUUUUUCAUUUGUACCUGUUUGAGUUCUGUUCAAAUAAACAAAAGGCUUUUUGUCCACUGAGCAAAUGAAUUGCCAACGAGUUUAAUUAGGAAAAGAAUGUAUAAAUCCAAAUAAGUACCCAAUCUCUAAUGGCAGAUUUCCCUUCUCGAGGUGUUACAUUUGUUGUGAACUUUUUGAACUGAUUAAAGUUGAGAAUUUUAUAACCCUGU